AUUACUAAUUAUUAUAAUUUGAAAAUUGUUAUUAUAUUAUAUAGAUACAAAAUAUAUGUUGAAGGAUGGGCAUGGUCAGUUAGUGAGAAAUACAUAUUUGCAUGUGAUUCCCCAACAUUAUACAUAGAGUCUCACUUCUAUGAUUUCUUCAUAAGAGGAAUGAUCCCACAACAACAUUAUUGGCCUAUUAGUGAUAAUGACAAGUGUAAAUCUCUCAAAUUUGCUGUUCAAUGGGGAAACAAUCACACUCACAAGGCAGAAGCAAUAGGAAAGGCAGGAAGUGAAUUCAUUCAUGAAGAUAUGAAGAUGGAGCGCGUUUUCGAUUACAUAUACCAUCUAUUGAAUGAAUAUGCAAAGUUACAAAGAUUUGAUCCAAUUGUUCCUCAAAAUGCUACUGAAAUAUGUUCAGAAUCAUUGGCAUGUCCAUUAGAUGGUUUGUGGAGAAAGUUCAUGGAAGAAGGUUUAGAGAAAUCUCCAAGUUAUAGUGAUCCUUGUAUACUUCCACCACCUUAUGAUCCUCAACAACUUAAGACAUUUGUUGAACAAAAAGUUAAUGCAACAAAGCAAGUGAGGUCAUGGGAGAGUGAGUAUUGGUCUAGUUUAAACAAGAAGCAAUAGGGUGCCCUUUUUGUUAUGUUAGUCAAUUUGCUUAUUGUAUCCCUUAUGUACUAUCUUGAUUUUGGUGAUUUUGUUUACAAAAUGAUACUUUUUCUUGUGAUAGACAAUGUAUUAUUA